CCGGCUGUCAAACAUGGCCGCCCCCUGUUGGCUGUGAGAGCUUCUCACAAAGAAGAACAAUCGGGAUAGUUUUAGUAAUUCACCUCGCAGCGCGGCUUCCUCCACCAACGCGCAAGAAUAAUGACCCGAGUGAGGAACUGACCAAAGUACCGCUCACUGACCUCGCCCCGCAGCCACCAUGCAGAUCGAGGCGGUGCUGGUGGAGUCGGCCGUGGUGUCGGCGGUGGUGCUGUGCGUCCACAUGGCGGUGUGGAACCAGCACUCCUGGUGCGCCGUCGCCCUCGCCAUCCAGGCCUUCUAUGUCCAGCACAAAUGGGACCGUCUGCUUAAGUCAGGGAGCGCCGUCUUCCAGUUCCGUCCUUCGGCCAACAGCGGCAUCGUCCCCGCCUCCAUGGUGAUGCCGCUGCUGGGUUUGGUGCUGAGGACCAAGUGCUCUGAGGCGGGGAGCGUCCACUUGGAGCGCUUCUCCAUGGUGGUGACGGUCAGCGGCAUGACGCUGGCGCUCUUCCUGUCGCUGAUCGCGCUGGGCGUCACACGGCCCUUGCCCACCAACACCUGCGUGGUCGCCGGCCUGGCCGCCGGCGUCGUCUUCUACACCACCAAGCAGACGCUGACGGUGUCGGAGGUCAUCGAGGUGCUGGAGGUGCUGCUGAUCUUCGUCUACCUCAGCCUGAUCGUGCUCUACCUGCUGCCUCGCUGCUUCACGCCCGGCGAGGCCCUCCUGGUGGUGGGCGCCAUCAGCUUCGUGGUAAACCAGCUCAUCAAGCGCUCGCUGCUGAGCCUGGUGGAGGCGAAGGGCGACCCCAUCCAGUACCUCCUACCGGUGCUGGUGGUCGGCUCACUGCUGCUGGGCGUCUUCUUCGCGCUGCUCUUCUGCUUCAUGGAGUCGGAGACCUGGGUGUCCUCGCUGUUCUUCCACACCAUGACAGCCGUGCUGGGCCUGGGCGUCCUCAUGCCGUGGCUCUCGCUCUUCAUCGGGCGCCAUCCCAUCAUGUGGCUGUGGGACUUUGUCACGCUCAGCGAGCGCCGGCUCGCCUUGAUAGGCUACUGGGUCUUGCUGUGCGCCCUGGCCACCUGCGUGGUGCUGCAACAGAACUACCAGCGCCAGUCCGGGUCCAAGAAGCACCAGGCCUCCACCGUGGUCCGGAAGUACUUCCAUCUCAUCGUGGUGGCCACUUUUGUUCCGGGGCUUCUGUACGACCGCCAUCUGCUGCACGUGGCGUCCGUGGGCUGCUUGGCCGUCUUCCUCUUCCUGGAGUACGUGCGUUACUUUCGCAUCAAGCCGCUGGGUCAACCACUGCGCCAGCUGCUCACCUUGUUCCUGGACGAGCGCGACUCCGGGCCCCUCAUCCUGACCCACAUCUACCUGCUCCUCGGCAUGGCCCUGCCCGUCUGGCUCUUCCCGGGUGCCUGCGCCCCAAAAGGGGUUCUUUCCGGCGCCGGCGGCCUGGUGCCCUACGCCGGCGUCCUCGCCGUAGGUGUGGGCGACACCGUGGCCUCGGUGUUCGGCAGCACCAUGGGGGAGAUCCGCUGGCCCGGCACCAAGAAGACGGUGGAGGGAACGGCGACGUCCGUGUUCGCCCAAAUCAUCGCCGUGGUCAUUUUUCUCAUCUUUGAUGCGAGCAUCAACUUAAACUCCACCUACUUGUGGAUCGUGGGCUCCAUCGCACUGGUGGCCAUGCUGGAGGCGUACACCUCCCAGAUCGACAACCUCCUCCUGCCCCUCUACCUCCUCAUCCUGCUGAUGCUCUGACAGGAACACAAACGGUCUGCUUGGAAUUUUAAAAGACUUCAAACGGCACAAAAAAACGUGUUUUAACCGAAGUAUGAAUUAUGCACAUUUAUGUAAAUGAGCACGUCACCCGUUUGAAGAACACUAAGUCCGCUUAACUAAUAUUUUCAUUAUUUAAUAACUUUCCUGAUGGGAACACAUAAUACUUUUGCCUCAAGUAGUAUUAAACUAUAGCAUAGAGCAGGGGUUGUUAACCAUUUUGACCUGAGCCCCGGGGCCCACCUAAAUAUUAACACUGUCCAUCCAUCCAUCCAUUUUUUACCGCUUAUUCCCUUCGGGGUCGCGGGGGGCGCUGGAGCCUAUCUCAGCUACAAUCAGGCGGAAGGCGGGGUACACCCUGGACAAGUCGCCACCUCAUCGCAGGGCCAACACAGAUAGACAACAUUCACACUCACAUUCACACACUAGGGCCAAUUUUUAGUGUUGCCAAUCAACCUUUCCCCAGGUGCAUGUCUUAAUUUUAGUCUUUUGUUAAUCAUAUUUAAUAAUUAUAUCUAACCUACUUAAAGUUUAACAGGAUAAAUCUUGUCAAAUUUUAUGAAACCACGUGUUAAAGAUUGUUAUCAAGACGUAGGUCAGGAUUAUUUACAUGCAAUUCAGCAGUGCCAAAAAAAAUGUUCUAAGUAAAUAAUGGUAAUACAUUUUUUUCUUAAUGGU